AAUAUAAUAUAAUACAAUACAGCUGGCCGAAAAAUCCGACAUAAAAAUAAAACAAGAUUGUACAAACAAAAAAUAAUCAAUAGGUACAAUUGGCUAAAAAUUCAGACAUUAAAAUGAUACAGUUUGUAAAAAAUUGUCCUACCACGCCGAAAACAGCCGGGGAGGAAAUGUCCGCCAUUCGUAUUUAUUGGUAUUACGAUUAUGCAAGAGUUUUUUAGUGGCUAUCAUCACUUUGUGGAGCAGUCAAUAAACUUCAACCAUCAACCACUAUUUUGUGUUGUUUUCUCGACUUCUCGUAGAAAAUUGGGGCUAAUUAGUACAACAAUUAUUAGACUCUCAAUAAGGGAAUCAGUGGUAUAAAUGUACAGCUAUUGGCAUAUGAAUUUUUUCAUUUUUUUUUAUGUUUAUGUCCUCAAAUAUCGGUAAAAAGUUGUUGGCCGGGUCAAAAUACUUUAAAUAGUAGUUAAAGACUAUUAAAGAUACAUACAUUUAAAAUUUAAAUACAAGCAUUUAAAGUUAAACAAACCACGGGUCACGGAUCAACAAGUAAAUUCGGCGGCAAUCGGUUAAAAAAGACUGAAGGCAAUUAAUAGUUUCCGACCCAACGUUGUCGCCAUGUCUGUUAUCGCAUGACCCCGCGGUUUGACCGUUUAAAAAUAAUAAAUCAUGAUAGCGACCGUUCGCAAUUUGUUACCAUUGACAAUAUUUAUUUUUUACCUCAAAUCUCGAUUCUCAAUAUUAUUGUUAUUAAUAUUAAUACAAAAUAUAUUUUAAUGAUGAUAAAUUAUUGUUCGUAAACCGAGUACGUGAUGUAUAUGUUGGAUUGCUUAUUGAAUUUCAUCCGCCGUGUUCUAGACACGAUAUUCUCUCGGCGCAUCACGAAUUCGCUGUUAAUAUUUGUUAAGACCAAUACCGGCACUGUUGUGCCUGUGGGACUGGACCCGAAAUGGGAAGUCCGAGACGUCAAAGAGUUUGUCGCCCCCAAGUUGGGCAUGACCCCCGAAGAGUUGAUGAUCAUAUUUGCCGGCAAGGAACUACAAGAUUCGGAAUUAUUGGAAGAGUAUAAUCUAGCAGAACAGACUGUGUUACAUGCUGUUAAGUCCAGACGCAGGUCGUUUAAACGCAAGCCACGUGUAUCUACAUGCAUAGAAGAAGACGAAGAGUUUGAUGAUACAAAACGUGCAGCUGUAAACUUUUAUGUGUACUGCACUUCACCUUGUGCCAAUACAACCGUUGGCAAAAUUCGUGUGAGAUGUUUCAAAUGUAAGAGUGGUGCAUUUACUGUGGACGGUGACCCAAAAAACUGGAAUGAUGUGCUCAAACCUAAAAGAAUUACAGGACAUUGUGAGAUAUCUCAAUGUACAGAUGGGGAGGUAGGGUGGUCAGAGUUUUAUUUCAAAUGUUCUGAACAUGUUACCAAAGGUGAAAAUGAUGAAGCAGUGGCACUACAUUUAAUUAGAAAUAACUUGCAUGAUAUUCAAUGUCUAGCUUGUACUGAUGUCAGAUCAAAAGUAUUUGUAUAUCCAUGUGAUGAUGGCCAUGUAACUUGCUUAGAAUGUUUUUGUGAGUAUGCAGUUAGUAGACUCAGAGAGAGAAGAUUUGUAUUCGACAAUAAUAUUGGUUACACAUUACCAUGCCCAGCUGGUUGCCCUAAUAGUUUAAUUAACCAGCCCUAUCAUUUUAAAGUGUUAAGCAAAGAUCAUUUUGAAAUGUAUGAAAGGUUUGCAACUGAAGAAUAUGUGCUUAAGAAUGGUGGUGUUUUAUGUCCUCAACCCAAUUGUGGUGCAGGUAUACUUGUUGAUGAUGACUGUGACAAAGUGUCUUGUAUUAAUGGAUGCGGGUAUGUGUUUUGUAAGAAAUGUCUCCAAGGUUAUCAUAUUGGUGAAUGUCUUCCAAAAGAAGAACAAUUAAUCAUUGAUAUUACUGGUUAUUCAGUUGACCCUAAGCUAGUUUCACAGUCUAAAUGGGAUGACGCAAGCAAAGUAAAGAUCAAAGUUUCUACAAAACCUUGUCCAAAAUGUCGUACGGCCACUGAACGAGAUGGAGGUUGUAUGCACAUGGUAUGUACACGGUGUUCAUUUCCAUGGUGUUGGUUGUGUCAGACAGAAUGGACAAGGGAGUGUAUGGGGAGCCAUUGGUUCAGUUAAUACAUUGUAUUCAGUUUUUCAGUAUUUGUAUGUAUAUUUAAGUUAAUUCUCUUAGCUUUUUUUUGUUAUACAAUAUUAUUUUCAUAAAAGGCGUCUUAGUGCCUAACCUUUUUUUCUGUAUCCAAUAUUGUGAAUUAUCUAAUAAAAAUGUGUACAUCUA